AUGAAGAAAUCUGGAAAGAUGGGACGACUAGAAUUGCUAGGCUGGAUCAACGAACUUAUGGAAACUGACUAUCCUAGAAUUGAAGCUUUAAGUGAUGGCAUUGCUUAUGCUCAAGUAUUAGAUUUAUUGUAUCCAAAAAUUGUUCCUUUAUCUAAGCUCACCUGUAAGAAAUAAUUUAGUUAACCCUAGGUCAGAAGAAGACAAUGCUAACUCCUCCCAUCUGCGCUCACGUAGGGGGUUAAUUUAUUUUUAAAACAAAAUAUAUAAAAAUUUUAUAGUGAAUUUUUUUCGAAAUUUAAAAAAUCACAAUUCGCAAAAUUGGAAAGCAUAUAUUUAUUUAAUUAAUAACAUUUAUUUUUAAAUGCAAUUUGUUUAAAAUUAAACAGAAUUAGCUAGAGAUUUCAUUAUAAUAAAUAUCACUUAUAUCAAAUCUUUUUCACAGAAAUUUUUAUAUUAAAAUGAUUUUUUGUUCGCUCAAGGGGGCAGACUUUUGGACAAAAAAAAGGGAUUUUUCUAAUGGCUUUUUUCGCUCAUGGAGGGGGAGUAAGAACUUGAGGAUUGUUGACGACGUUUUGCAUAGAAUCAAAGCCAAAAAAACAAUAGACCCAUUAAAGCUUUCAAGAAGCAAAUUUCCAGACAACAUGGAAUUUGCACAAUGGCUCUUUCAGCAUUUUUUACAAAUGAAGGAUACAGUAAAAGGGCGGUACCCUGCAUAUGCCAAAAGACUUGAAGCAUAUAAAAAGCAGAGAAAAAUUCCACCUGAAAGGACGAAUUUUGAUCUUCAAAUGAGCUCACAUUUAAUUCCUAAUGAACCUCUAGUAGUUGUCUUACUUACUUAUUUAUUCAGAUUUUUACGUGCUGUGACUCCCUUCAGCAGGAUGAGACAAGGGCCAGCUUUUUAAAUCUUUAAUGGUUAUGUCAGCAGCCAUCUUGUCUAGUAAGCAUUCCGAAAUAGUUACCUAUGGGCCAGAAAGUCUUCACGUUCCGCGUUUGGCAUCGUCCGAGCCUGAUUCCAGUUUGUAUUCCGUUUAGGGGUCACCUCCCUCGAGUUUUCAGGCUCUGGAAGCCAUAUAUCUCUCCUUUCUUACUUCGGCCACCAAAUUACCCAAUGCGGUAAUUCAUUAUUGAAAUUUGUGGAUAAAGGUCCACGUGGAAAGCUGGCCCUAUAAUAAUAAAGUGGAGGAGAAAGGGUUGUUGAAGGCAGCCGCUUCCGUACAUAGCCAUUUAUUAUUAUGAACCUAUAGUUGACAGCUCAGAUGCAUCUCCAGCAUCGCCUGACUUAAAUCAGCAAAGAUUAAAUCAAUUGAGAGAUUUAGUUUUGUCAUUAGAACAAGAAUUAACAAACCAAGUGAGCAACUAUAAGCUUCUCCAAGAAGAUAUAGCGCAAGUAGAAGAAGAAAUAAAUUAAAUGGCUAUUUUGGCCAUAAACCGGUAAACCCACUAACCGUCGCCAUUUUGGAUUUCCUACCUGAAUCACCUGUCUAAGGGGUCAGCACCCUAGGGCAGAGCUGCCGCUUGCAAGGUGCCCCGAUGGUCCUGAUAAGAGAAGACUACGUGGGAGGCAAAACCUGUCUAGCCCAAUUGGCAAUAGGAAAAACCUUCGGGUGAGAACUAAAACUUUCCUCUUCGGCAAGACACCAUAAGCCUGAAUCCUAUUUAAAAAAGGAACAGGGGCCUUGUUUUUAGCUUCAUCAAGAUGAGUCCUGCCUACUCCAUAAUGAGUGCGCCUCGAUGAGUCCUACCUACUCCAUAGGGAGUGCGCCUCGGAGUCCGAUUUCUGCCAACAUCACCAUGCUAUUUCAGAGAAGAAGAAAGGAACUUUUACUUUAAUAAGCUUCGACAAAUAGAGCUUUUAUGCCAAAAUGACACUAGUGAAACAUCAAGAGAACUCAUAGAUAUCAUUUCAGCAGUUCCUGAAGAAUUUCUAAAAGCUCAAGGCUAA